CCUGUUUACUCUAAAUAUAGCAAGGAGGAGAAAAAUUUGACUGACUUUAUCUGACGAGUGAUGAUGAGAUGAUGGAAUCAUACAAGCUUGGAAACAGAGUCAUGGCUUCUCUUCCUUGUCAUUCUCCUUCAGCCUCAGCCAUCUGGAAAACGGACGUUUUCGUGAGUUUUAGAGGCGAAGACGUGCGCAAAACAUUCGUGAGCCAUCUGUUCUGCGAGCUCGAUCGGAUGGGGAUCAACGCGUUCAGAGACGACUUGGAUCUCGAGAGAGGCAAGCAUAUCUCCUCAGAGCUUGUGGAUACGAUCAGAGGCUCCAGGUUCGCGGUCGUCGUGGUCUCUAGGAACUACGCAUCUUCGAGCUGGUGCUUGGACGAGCUCUUGGAGAUCAUGGAACGUAAGAACACGGUUGAUCAGAAGACAAUCAUACCCGUGUUCUACGAGGUUGAUCCUUCUGAUGUGAGAAGACAGACUGGGAGUUUCGGUGAGGGUGUUGAGAGUCAUAGCGACAAGAAGAAGGUGAUGAAAUGGAGAGAAGCUUUGACGCAGUUAGCUGCUAUAUCUGGUGAAGAUUCUCGGAACUGGAGGGAUGAGUCGAAGCUAAUUAAGAAGAUUGUUAAAGACAUAUCUGAUAGAUUGGUUUCCACUUCACUGGAUGAUACAGAUGAGUUGAUUGGAAUGAGUUCUCAUAUGGACUUUCUGCAGUCUAUGAUGUCUAUAGAGGAGGAAGAUGUUCGCACGGUAGGGAUUUGGGGAAUGGGUGGAGUUGGGAAAACUACUAUUGCUAAAUACUUAUACAACAAGCUCUCAUCUCGGUUUCAAGCUCAUUGCUUCAUGGAGAAUGUGAAGGAAGUGUGUAACAGAUAUGGAGUUGAGCGUCUACAGGGAGAGUUCUUAUGCAGAAUGUUUCGAGAGAGAGACUCGGUUUCUUGUUCGAGCAUGAUAAAGGAAAGGUUCAGGCGUAAAAGGGUUUUGAUUGUACUUGAUGAUGUAGAUAGAUCUGAGCAGGUGGAUGGAUUGUUUAAGGAGACUGGUUGGUUUGGUCCUGGAAGCAGAAUCAUUGUUACAACGAGAGAUAGACAUUUGCUAGUUUCUCAUGGCAUAGAACUGAUAUAUAAAGUUAAGUGUCUACCCGAAAAAGAAGCUUUACAUCUCUUUUGCAACUAUGCUUUCAGAAACGAGACUAUAGCUCCAGAGUUUAGGGUGUUAGCAGUUCAAGCUGUAAACUAUGCUUCUGGUCUUCCACUGGCUUUGAGAGUUUUAGGUUCUUUCCUUUAUCGAAGAGGCGAAAGAGAAUGGGAAAGCACACUCGCUAGGCUUGAAACUUCUCCUCAUAGUGAUAUCAUGGAGGUUCUGAGAGUUAGCUACGAUGGAUUGGAUGAGCAGGAGAAGGCUAUUUUUCUCUACAUAUCAUGUUUCUACAACAUGAAGCAUGUUGAUUACGCCACAAGACUUCUUGAUAUCUGUGGCUAUGCCGCUGAAAUUGGUAUCACGGUUCUCACUGAGAAGUCUUUGAUAGUCAUAUCAAAUGGAUGCAUAAAGAUGCAUGAUUUGGUUGAACAGAUGGGUAGAGAACUUGUACGCCGACAAGCUGAACGGUUUCUUUUAUGGAGACCUGAAGACAUCUGUGAUCUGCUGUCAGAAACUACUGGAACAAGUGUUGUUGAAGGAAUGUCACUUAACAUGUCUGAAGUAUCUGAGGUAUUGGCUAGUGAUCAAGGUUUUGAGGGAUUGUCUAAUCUCAAGCUUCUCAACUUCUAUGAUCUUUCAUAUGAUGGAGAGACUAGAGUGCAUCUACCUAAUGGCCUCACUUAUCUACCGCGCAAGCUUCGUUAUCUACGCUGGGAUGGAUACCCUUUAAACUCUUUGCCUUCAAGGUUUCAUCCGGAGUUUCUUGUUGAACUUUGUAUGAGUAAUAGCCAUCUCCACUAUCUUUGGAAUGGAAUCCAGCCUCUUAGGAAACUGAAGAAGAUGGAUCUUUCUCGUUGUAAAUACCUAAUCGAAAUUCCGGAUCUCUCAAAAGCCACAAACCUUGAGGAACUCAACCUUUCCUAUUGCCAAAGCUUAACUGAGGUUACUCCAUCUAUCAAAAACCUCCAGAAACUUUAUUGUUUCUACUUGACUAACUGCACUAAACUCAAGAAGAUACCAAGUGGAAUCGCUUUGAAGUCGCUUGAAACAGUUGGAAUGAACGGAUGCUCAAGCCUAAUGCAUUUUCCAGAGUUUUCUUGGAAUGCCAGAAGACUCUACCUGAGCAGUACAAAGAUAGAGGAACUGCCAUCAUCGAUGAUCAGCCGUCUCUCUUGUCUGGUUGAGUUGGAUAUGUCAGAUUGCCAGAGUAUCAGGACUCUUCCGAGUUCUGUAAAGCACUUGGUGUCACUUAAAUCACUGAGUUUGAACGGUUGCAAACAUCUUGAGAACCUCCCGGACUCAUUACUGAGCCUCACAUGUCUUGAAACGCUUGAAGUGUCUGGUUGCCUUAACAUCAACGAGUUCCCUCGCCUUGCCAAGAACAUAGAAGUUCUGCGUAUAUCUGAGACAUCGAUUAAUGAAGUUCCUGCAAGAAUCUGUGAUCUCUCUCAGCUUAGGUCCUUGGAUAUUUCAGGAAAUGAAAAACUUAAAUCACUUCCGGUAAGCAUUUCUGAGUUAAGAUCACUUGAAAAGCUCAAGCUCUCUGGCUGUUGUGUACUUGAGAGCCUUCCGCCAGAGAUUUGUCAGACAAUGAGCUGCUUGAGGUGGCUUGAUUUGGAAAGGACCAGCAUCAAAGAACUGCCUGAAAACAUUGGUAAUUUGAUAGCUCUCGAGGUGCUUCAAGCUGGAAGAACAGCGAUAAGACGAGCACCAUUGUCUAUUGCAAGACUUGAACGUCUGCAAGUUUUAGCAAUCGGGAAUAGCUUCUAUACCUCACAAGGUCUGCAUUCUCUAUGUCCUCACUUAUCAAUAUUUAAUGACUUGAGAGCGCUGUGCCUAAGCAACAUGAACAUGAUAGAGAUCCCAAACAGUAUUGGUAACUUGUGGAGUCUAUCAGAACUAGAUUUGAGUGGUAACAACUUUGAACACAUCCCCGCGAGCAUCAGACGACUCACCAGGCUGAGCAGACUGGAUGUUAACAAUUGUCAGAGACUUCAAGCACUGCCUGAUGACCUUCCACGGCGUCUCUUGUAUAUCUACGCCCAUGGCUGCACAUCACUAGUGAGUAUCUCAGGCUGCUUCAAGCCUUGUUGUCUGCGCAAGCUUGUAGCGAGCAACUGUUACAAACUGGAUCAAGAGGCACAGAUUCUCAUCCACCGUAACAUGAAGCUAGAUGCAGCAAAACCAGAACACUCUUAUUUUCCUGGAAGAGAUGUGCCAUCUUGUUUCAAUCACCAAGCCAUGGGAUCUUCCUUGAGAAUACGUCAACCAUCAUCUGACAUUCUGGGAUUUUCCGCAUGCAUCAUGAUUGGAGUUGAUGGAGAGUACUCAAUGAACGAUCUCAAGAUACGUUGCUCUUGUAUCUUAAAAAGGGUUGAUGAUGCUCAAGAGCUGGUUGUUAUGGAUGAGCUAUGGUAUCCUGAUCCAAAAGCUUUCGCAAACAUGAGUUUUGGAUCAGAUCAUCUUCUGUUGUUCAGCAGAAGUUGCAUGUCCAUGGGAGCUUACAACGAAGUCUUCUUUGAAUUUUCGAUCGAAAACACAAACGGAGAUUCUUCUACUAACCUGCUGGUAGAGGUUAAAAAGUGUGCAGUGCACCUCAUAACGUUUAAAGACAUGUUACAAGAGGAGCAUGAAAGCUCAUCCUCCUCACAACAGUUCUCUAAUGACGACAAUGAGAACAUUCAUGAUCCUGAUUUGGAAGAAUUAGAUGAAGCAGGGGUUCCGAAAAGAAGACCUGAUGACUUGCAUAAGGAGCAACCAAAUCCAAAGAAGAUCAAGUUUCUUCCUGUUCCUUCAAAAUUACAUCAACUGAUUGAUACACCACAGUGAAGGUUGUUGGUUUGCUGUAACUUUGUAUUCAUGCGUUAGAUAUAUAUAUUUUUUGAUCUUUGAACAUGCAA